CGUCGGCGCACGCUUUGCCUUCGAGUCACACUCAUGUCAGAUCUUCUUCUCCAGUCCAGUUCCCUGUCCUUGUUGGGUCUUCUGGUGGUCCUACUGAUCAUCUUUUCCAUUUCCUAUGCCUUCAAAUCCCAGACAGAUGGGACAGGUCCACCGGGACCCAGACCACUUCCUGUGCUCGGGAACCUGCUGCAACUGGAUCUGAAGAGACCCUACAACACCUACAUGAAGCUUUGGAAGACGUAUGGCUCCGUGUUCACGGUCUACUUUGGACCCAGGAAAGUGGUGGUUCUGGCAGGAUACAAGACAGUGAAAGAGGCUCUCGUCAACUAUGCUGAGGAGUUUGGACAGAGAGAUCCUUUCAUAAUACUGGGUGAAAUUAGUCAAGAACACGGUGUUACGUGGUCUAAUGGGGCCUCUUGGAAGGAGAUGAGACGGUUUUCACUGACCAACCUGAAAGACUUUGGGAUGGGGAGGAAGGUGUGUGAGGAGAACAUCAUUGAGGAAUGUCAUCACCUCAUUGGAGUGCUGAAGAAACUUAAAGGAGAAGCUUUUGACACGAGCCAACCACUAAGUUACGCCGUCUCCAACAUCAUCUGCUCCAUAGUGUACGGCAGCAGGUUUGAAUACGACAAUCCAGAGUUUACGUCUCUGGUGAACGGAACGACCAGAGUACUUCAACUCGUGGGCUCUCCUGGAGCCAGGGUGUACAGUGUUUUACCCUGGAUUGGAAAAUGGUUUUCUGACGUGAAGGAACUCUUUAAACUGGCUGCUUCCAACAAGAAACAAAGUUUAAAGUUCAUCAACUGCCUCAAGGAAACUCUGAAUCCAAAGAUCUGCAGAGGUUUUGUCGAUGCCUUUCUGGUUCACAAGCAAAACCUGGAGAAGUCUGGGAUGACCAACAGUCACUACCACCAAGAAAACCUGCUGAUGACGGUCUCUAAUAUAUUUGGUGGCGCCACCGACACGACGUCUGCUACCCUCAGAUGGGCUCUGAUACUGAUGGCCAAACAUCCAAAAAUACAGGACCAGGUCCAGGAAGAGCUGGCCAGGGUGGUGGGACAUCACCAGAUACAGUUCCAGGACAGGAAGCAGCUUCCGUUCACCUACGCGGUUAUCCAUGAGAUCCAGAGACUGGCCAACGUCAGCCCCUGGGCCGUUCCUCACAGAACCAGCAGGGACGUGACCUUCCAGGGUCACUUCAUUAAGAAGGGUACCACAGUGUUCCCUUUCUUGAUGUCAGUCUUGAAUGAUGAGACCGAGUGGGAGUGUCCACACAGCUUUAACCCCGCCCACUUCCUGGACAAAGAUGGCAAAUUUGUCAAGCGAGACGCCUUCAUGCCUUUUUCUGCAGGACGGAGGAGUUGUAUUGGCCAGAGUCUGGCAAGAAUGGAGCUCUUCAUGUUCUUCUCCACCCUCCUCCAGCACUUCAGAUUCAUUCCUCCACCCAGAGUGUCAGAGGAUGACCUGAGUCUGACCCCCCGCGUGGGCUCAGCCAUCCACCCGUCACCUCAUAAGCUUUGUGCCAUCUCCCGGUGUGUGGGGGGGGGCGUCCAGUGUUACGGCGGCACAUCUGUCAGAGAAUUGAGUCCAUGAGAUUGUGCAACGUUCUGCAUCGGGCUGGAAGAUGUUCUGUCCAGACUCGUGAUGUCUAUCAGAGUACAAUUUAUUUUGUGUGUGAAUUUAAAAAAGUAAAUCAAAAACUCUGAAUCUAAUCACAACCUCUGAUGGAACUCGACCAAUUGUUUUGCUGCAGAAAUCAGACCUAAUCAAACCAUCAAAUC